AUGUCCCAAUCUGAUUUUGUCGAUAGAAACAAUCUUUCUAUCGUUAGUUCUUUGCCUGCAGUGAUUCCUCCAACAACAAAACUCAAUUUUAUCAAGAAUUGGUGGCAUAGGUCUGAAAAGACAGCCAGUAUUGCUGAAGCUCGUAUUAUUAAGCGUAUUUAUGGUGCUUUGCCUCUCGCCGGUCCACAGACACCUAUUUAUGCUCGAAUAGGCCGCAUUUCAAUUGAUAGACAAACAUUAUUGUCAAACAAGACAGCAAGACAAGUCAACACACUCUAUAUUUCACAACAACACCAUCAAUCGAUACCCUUUCGCUUUGAAGCUGAGCCAAGACAAGACUUAUUAGAAGAUAUUCAGCAUGAAACCAAAGAAAAUCAUGGCAUACGCAACCUUGUCAUAUGUCAUGGCUACGGUGCAGGUCUAGGCUUCUUUUAUCGAAACUAUCAGAAUUUAUCACAAGAAACAGGUUGGCGCUUGUUUAGUUUGGAUUGGCUUGGGAUGGGCAAUAGUUCUCGACCUAAAUGGACGAUAUCAAAGCAAUCAAAUCAAACAUGGGAUGAGAUUGUAAGCGAGGUAAAUGUGAGAACAAGGGUGGAAGAUCAUUUUGUUGAAUCUUUAGAAGAUUGGAGAGAUAAAGUAGGAUUGGAAAAGAUGACGUUAUUUGGUCAUUCUUUAGGGGGUUAUUUUGCUGCCUGUUAUGCUCUCAAGUACCCUCAACGUGUUGAAAAACUGAUCCUGGUGUCUCCUGCUGGUAUUCCAGAAAACUCUUAUGCACCAAAGAAAAUCGAAACCGAAAACCCUCAAGAAGAAUUAGAGAGAGAAGCCAAUGAACUUGGGGCUUCUUUACAGGCAGAAGCAGCAGCAAUGGAAAAUAUUGCUAAGCAACAACCUGAACCACCCAAACGUAGAAUUCCUGCUUGGGCAACUUAUCUCUGGGAUCGCAAUGUAACACCAAUGUCAAUUGUUCGCAUGAUUGGUCCAUUUGGUGCUAAUUUGGUCCAUAGUUAUACCUCUCGACGUUUUGCUCAUUUGGAUGAGGAUGAGCAGCAUGAUCUUUAUGAUUAUUUGUAUAAUAUUACUUCCUCAUCAGGUUCAGGGGAAUAUGCUUUAGCUGCUAUUCUGGCGCCAGGUGCAGUAGCUCGUAAACCGUUGUUUCAUCGAUUGGCAGGAUUAAAAAUGCCUACUGUGUUUGUAUAUGGCGAAGUGGAUUGGAUGGACUACAAGGCAGCAGAGAGAGCAAAGGAACACAUGAAGGUGCCUGUCAAAGUGAUCCGAGUUCCUGAAGGUGGACAUCAUAUGUACUUGGACAAUCCAGAGUAUUUUAACAAAGUCAUUAGAGAAGAAAUGCAACAAUCAUAGAAAUAAAAUAUAAGAUGUUCCCCCCCCCUUUUUUUUGUAUAGAGUCCGAUUGAAUCUAUCCUUGUCACACAGCUUAUUUUUCUUGGUGCAC